AAUUCUUGUUAAUUGUAACUAAAAGCAUGCUUGUUUGUUGGUAGUAAACAGUUUGAAAGAAGUGGUGAUUUAUUUCUAUAUAAAUAUAAAGAAUUAAUAUAAAAAAAAAAAUAUGGCUAAUCCGAAUUUAACUGAUAUGACAGAGGAAGACGCGGCAGAUUUACAAUUUCCAAAAGACUGCUCAUCGAGUAGAACAGAUAAGAUCGAGCGUAACAUAGAACUCGACGUGUCAGUCGUGAAGGAUGAAAUCAUUACUUCAGACCCAAUAUGCCGUGUAUGUAAAUCUGCAUUGACAGAACCGUAUAUUCGUUGUGCUGUAUGUAAUAGUAUGGAACUAUGUCCCUCUUGUUUCUCUAAUGGAUCAGAAAUUGGCAAUCAUAGAAAUGAUCAUGACUAUAUCAUCAUAAAAAACGAAUUUCCUUUAAUCGAAGAAAGUGGUUGGACAGCGAAACAAGAAUUAGAGUUACUAGAUGUUUUACUGGAGUGCGGUUUUGGCAAUUGGAUUGACAUGGCGAAACGAAUGCAAGACAAAUCACCAGAAGAAUGUAAAAAUCAUUAUCUUCAAUAUUAUAUAGAUAAUCAAGCAUUACCAGGAUUGCCAAAAAUUGAAGAAACAAGAGCUAGUUUGUUUAAAUGUGAAUCUAUUCCUUAUUUAUAUAAAUUGCAAGAUUUAGAAGAACCUCCUCGAUUUGCACCAAAUACCCUUAAUUGUAAACUUUUGGCUGGAUAUAAUCCAGCAAGAUCAGAUUUUGAAGUGAAUUUCGAUAAUCAUGCGGAAUUAUUAAUUUCUGAUUUAAACUAUAAUGAAUUUAGUAUAAAUGAUGAAAAUUACGAAUUAGGAAAAACAUUGCAAGUAGCUAUAGUACAGGCAUAUAACAACAGACUAAAAGAACGUAUGAGAAGAAGAAAGAUCAUACGUAAUCAUGGAUUGAUAGCAUUUAGAAGAACUAUAUCUUGGAUACAAAGAUACGAAUGUACAAUAACUAGACCUCUUGUAGAAAGAUUAUUAAUUUACAUGCAAUUAUUAGGAGGUAUAGAAUUUGAUUACUUCAUGGAAGGUUUACACAGAGCAGGAGAACUUAAAAAUUAUAUUAAUAAAUUAUUUGAAUUUCGCACCAAUGGUUUAAAGUAUUUUCAUAGUGUUCCAAUGUUUCAAAAAUUAAGCAAACUUAGACAGGAAAAUGAAAAGGAAAGAAAACAAUAUUUAAAUAAUCCCGAGUAUAGUUGGAAGACUAUAUUACCCGGAUGUAAUAUUAGUUUUAAUAAUUCUAUGUCAAAUACAAUUUCACAACGAAAAGCAGCACCACCACUUGCAAUUAAAGGUCUUCCAGGAUACGAAAAAUUAACCCCAGCUGAAAAAGAACUUUGCUCAGUUACGCGUAUAGUUCCUACCAAUUAUCUUGAUUUUAAACAAAUUUUAAUAGCGGAAAAUAAAAAAUCUGGUUGCCUUAGAUUGGCACAAGCUAGAGUUUUACUUAAGAUUGAUGUAAAUAAAACGCGAAAAAUAUACGAUUUUCUUACGGAGAAAGGAUAUAUAAAUAAACCGAAUCAAUGAUAUACAUUUUGUUAAUAUAACUAAAAUACGUAAGUUUUGUGUAUUAUACUUCGUAAGUAUAUAUUGGAUUGUGAUAUUACAUAUUAAGAAUUUAUUAAGAAAAAAUCGACUGAAAAUAAUAAUAUGUUAUAAUAUAUUAUUAAAAUUACGCACAGAUUAAUAACAUACAACAUACAUACAUGUAAAUAUAUGAUAUUUUGCUUG